UCUCGUGGUGGCGAGACGCGCUUUUUUCCUGCGCUCAUUGGCGACUCGAGAACGACAUGUUCAUAACCCCAUUCAGGAGGACGAUCAUGGGACCAGGAACGAAUCUUUGUGGCAUUCAUCCUCAUUCAUCUAAUCGAAGCAACAUGAAAUGGAGCGCCGGCAGGAUCCUGAAGGUCGCUCUCCCGGUGGUCGUCCUCGCCGUCUUCACCUUCGUCUCCCAGCCAAGAAACCUGAGCCUCUUAAGGGACAACCAUAACGUCACCCUUGUCUUAUCGGCCAGGCAGAUAAAGGCCCUUACCGAGACGAGGAAGCCGGAACAGACGCAAGAGAAAGGUGAAAUAGAGGAAUCAAAAAGGGAAAAGCCUCUAGCUCCUGAAAAUAUCGUGGUGAUUAACAAUAAAGUGUACGAUCGAAAUGAAGUGAACCUGACGGCGAUACAGACGGAGCCGCAGAAGAAGGUUCACGUCAGCAAGAAAGAAAACCGAACUCGAUCUUGGCCUCCGACGCUGGAGCUCUCUGACGCUGCCUUCCUCCAGCACCUUGACUACUCGAAGUACAGGCCCAAGGAGCGCUCCAUCCUGAAGGCGCGGGUCGGCGUGUUCGUGGAGCGGGCGCGGCGGGCGGGCCGAGCGUGCCGCGGCGCCCCACCGGACAGCCGCAUGCCCGAGCGCAGUCGCUUCGUGUGGGAUCGCAAGCACUCGCCCAGCAUCGUCUUCUGUCCCAAUUACAAGGUAGCCUCAACAACUUGGAUGUCGAACUUUCUCAAGUUAGCGCACUAUAAUGAAGACAAUCCGGCCAUUCCCGAUAACUUACCGAAAGCAAGGCGAGAGAAAAUGCAGCUCAUGGCGAAGUACGGAGCUAAGCAUGACGUCGUGUUUAAGCUUUAUCCGACUCCCUCCUCGGAUGCUGAGAAGCUGAAGGUGAUGAGCGAAAGCGUCAGGGUCACCGUCGUCAGGCAUCCCUUCGCCAGACUCCUCUCCGGUUACCGAGACAAAAUGACGAAGAUGCGACCGAGUCCGGUUAAGUUCGGCUUCCGCAAAAUCCAGCAGGAGAUCAUCGCCAAAUACCGAAGUCACGUGACCAACAACACUUCACCCUUCCCGACUUUCGAAGAGUUUGUUCGCUAUGUGAUCGACUCCACGGGGAACCUAACCACGGCGAGAGACUGGGAGAAGAAUAUCAACUGCUGGGUGCCAUACUGGGCCCAGUGUAGCGUCUGUGCCACUGACUACACCCUGAUUAUGAAACUGGAAACAAUGGCCGAAGAUGAACAGUUUCUCGUCGUCCUCUCCAACCUCAAAGAACUAAAGGGUAAAAAAGGCAAAAACUGGAAGCACCUGAACGGCCAGAGUUCUCACGACGCCGCCCCUCAGUACUACAGGGAACUGACGAAGGCGCAGAUGAGGAGCCUGUACGAACGAUACAAGAUGGACUUCGAUCUCUUCGGCUACGACAUCGAUAACUUUCUGGCCAUCGCUAAGGACGCGGAGGCUGGAGGAGUGAAGGGAGUAACGCUGGGGAAGGAGGGAGAAGGAGGAGAUGAUGAGGAAGAGGAUGAGGAUGAGGCAAUUUCUUCGCAAAUUGAUAAUAACGGUAAUCAAGAAGGCGUAAAACCCAGGAAACUCAGCAACCCUCUGCCCCAGUAUUGCGACGAAAAGACAAAAAAGCCGUUGAAAGCGACGGAAACUCGGACGGAAUUCGUAGCGUAUGACGUAAGCGAGGCAGUGACGUCCAGCACGAUAGAACCAAUCAGAUAUUAA